AUGAGCUCUAAGCUAUCAGUGGCAAGCGUGCGGGGCUCCGUCAAGGACCUUCUGGCUGAAGCCAACGGCGAGAAAAGACGCAACUUUGUGGAAACUAUCGAACUUCAAAUUGGUCUCAAGAACUACGACACUCAAAAGGACAAGCGUUUCUCUGGUACCGUCAAGCUGCCUAAUGUCCCUCGCCCGCGCAUGUCCAUCUGCAUUCUUGCUGAUGCUGCUGACAUUGAUCGCGCCAAGCAAAUUGAACUCGAGUACAAGUCGGUUGACGACUUGAAAAAACUGAACAAGAAUAAGAAGCUUGUGAAGAAACUUGCCAAGAAGUAUGACGCAUUCUUGGCCUCUGAAGCCUUGAUCAAGCAGAUACCUCGUCUUCUUGGACCCGGUCUCUCUAAAGCCGGAAAGUUCCCUACUCCUAUCUCUCAUGCUGAGGAUCUAGCGAACAAGCUCAACGAAGUCCGAUCGACGAUUAAGUUCCAGCUGAAGAAGGUUCUUUGCUUGGGUGUUGCCGUCGGACAUGUCCAGAUGACUGAUGACCAAGUUCUUGCGAACGUCAUGAUGAGCAUCAACUUCCUCGUUUCGCUUCUCAAGAAGAACUGGCAAAAUGUUUCGUCUCUGCAUAUCAAGAGUACGAUGGGCAAGCCCAUUCGUCUAUUCUAA